GCACAUCUGUAGCGAGUACAGCGCCGCUGUUUCUCUCACUCGCUCUCGCUCUCGCUCUCUCUCUCGCUUUUCUUUUUUGGUGUAAAAAGAGAGAGAUUAAGCCCCUUGGCUUUCGCAGAUGGAAUCUCCAGCAGCCGGCCAGUUUAAACUGACGAAGCUGCUCUCCGCAUUGUUCUUCGUUAAUUAAACACGAGGAAAUGACGGGAAAGGAAACUAUUCCAUUAAUCCGGAAUUCUGCGUUUCGCUGAUAAAAACGCUCCGUUGCUAAUUUAGGUUGAAAAGCAGGAAACGGGAUAGUGAAGUUUCCUUUUUCACAAACAAAAAAGAAAAAAAGACAGCGACGUUGGAGGAAGGCAGUUGUAUCGUGGAGCUGUGCGAACUAAGCGUAUAACAAGUUGCAUGUGAUUUUCUUUGCUCUUCUGCUUUGGGGACACUUGCCAGGGUGUCAUGGCUAAUAAUGACACUGAAGUCCAAUCGAACGUAAAGUUGCCCGAAAACUUUUUUGAGAACCUUAUACUUUCUUUCAGCCUAUCUAUGCUGGUAGGCCUGAUCAUUGGUGCCUUGAUAUGGCUCUUCUUGACAUGGCUAUCUCGACGUAAGGCCUCAGCUCGCAUCUCUGGGCGAAACUCUCGUCAAGCCCGACAUUCCUCCCACAACUUAAUACACUGUCGGUCGGGUAUGUACCGCAACAGCAGUUAUGACCGGCGAAGUAACAACAGUCUGGCAAGUGCCGCUGCUCUCACAUUCCAGCGACAAGCUUCUCUGGAGCAGCCAGACCCAUUUGCCAGGAAGCCUAGUUUCAGAGCCUCCACAUUUCACCCUUUGCUGCAGUGCAGUCAGAUUGCCCGGGAGGCAGAAGAAAGCAAUCAAUCAGCACUUCCCAGAAGUAACACAGGCUCGUCAAUAAAUACCAGCAAUAUGGCCCGUCCGGAGUCCUUCUGGUCGAACAGCAGUCUUCGGGGUUUUCAUGCCACACACACACCUCCUCCUGCAUAUGAAACUGUUAUACGAGCAUUUCAAGAAACAUGCAACUGAGUGUACUGGAGACAAAAUGAAGUGUGGGAGAGUAAAUAAAAUGCAAUUUAUGUUUUAUUUAACCAAAUAUUCUAAUAAAUUUGGAAUGUAAGGUAGCAGAGCUACACACCUUAAGGACUGAGAUAUCUACUGAUCCAGUGGUAACCUCAAAGGCAGAAGAAGAAUACAUGACAGUAAAGCAAAUGUGGUGUACAUCAACCUCCAAAGUUUGUGAGAAGAGGCCUAGUGUUUCUGUAAUAUGGGAUUUUUUAAGGCAUCUUUAUAACUUAUCUACUGAUCAGCUGUUAGCGAUUUUGGAAACCUUGUGAUUUUACUGCACAGAGACUGCUCACUCAGUUUUUAGUUUGUCGAAAUAGUGGACUGAAUGUCUUUAUAACAACAAUUGUCUUAACAGCUAAAUUUAAUAAAAUAAUCAAAAGGUGACUCAUACAGUAUCUUACAUUUUGUAAAGUUGCAUAUAAAGGUAAUUUUUUCUGCUUGUUCUGAGGACUUUAGGCAGCUGUUUUUUCAUCUCUGCUGUGGGUGCUUUUUAUUUUAAGCUUUUAUGUUUAUUAUACAUGCAUUGUAAAGGCUGAUACUCACCUAAUUAAAGUAAAACCUUUUAUUAAAAAAUAACUGUUUGGGGUUAUGGCCAAGUCAAGGGCCUUUUCAAAAGUAUCAUUUAUUGCAAUGAUCUCCAUGUCCAUAUGCAGUUCAUCUAAAUAAAGCAAGUAUGGCAAUACAUUUUUUUUAAAUUAACUGAUUUGCAAAGAUUCCUGUAAUCAUGUAUUGCAAAAAAAUUCUAAAUAUGCUAAAGGAGCGCUUCAGCCAUGGUCUCCUUUACGUAUCCUAAAUCAAUAAAAUUAAUUAAUUUUAGUUUAUUCUUACAUUUUGCUGCAAAUAGGCUCUUAUACCAUACAUUAAUUAAAAUUUCUAUUAAGUCGAAUUUGUUCACUGUGGUUGUCAGACUCUGUCAAGAUUGUGUCUUGUCAGCACUCGUAUUUGUUGUUUUCAUGGGCAGGAUAUCAAUGUGCAGUGUUGAGCUGGGAAGGUUAGGGGUAGCAUUGUUGCUUUAUGCAGUUGAUGUGCUCUUUCACUCAUCUGACUGUGACAUUCAGCACACACUGCGUGGGAUUCGCUUCAGAGUGUAAAACAGCUGGGCAGUAGAGGUUACGGCUGUCUCUCAGAAGAGAGUAGAUUGUUCUAUCCAGGUGUCAGGGGACAACUGCACUUACUGGAGGAGUUCAAGAUCGGAAAGUGGAUUGGAGCGACACCUGCUAUUCCGCAGGUGCUGUUCCAGUGUGGGGUGGUAAAGCAGGAGCUGAGCCUAAAGACAAAGCUCUUGGUUUACCAGUUAAUCCACAUCCCUGUCCUCACUUAUGGUCAUGAGCUGUAGGUAUUGACCAAAAGAAUGAGAUCAUGAAUACAAGUGAUAGAAGUCAGGUUUAUUUGCAGGGUGGCUGAGCUGGCACUCCGUGAUAGAGUAGGAACCGCAGAGAUUUUGGAGAGCCUCAGAGUAGAGUCGCUGCUAUUACAGAGUGAGAAGAGCCAGUUGAGGUGGUGAGGUGGUUUGGGUUGGGAGCCACCCCCCACAAACGCUUAAAAAAUAUGGUUCUUUAAUGGCACUUUAUAAUUGUUUACUGGGUUGUGUGGUUCCUUGUAGAACUAUUGUUUGACAAAGCACCCUUUCAUUCUAAGAAGUGUUCUUUACAUGUGAAGUUGGUUCCUUGUGCUUAGAAAAACUUCCUAAUGUGUGGAAAAAACUGAAAUCUUUAAUGUAUGUUAAGCUACCUAGUAGGACACUUAACUGUAUAGGGCUUGUUAUGGAUCUUAAUAAAUAAAGGUUCUUUCUGGAUUGUUCAUGUGGAUGGGUCUUUUGGGAUCCAAAAAUGGUUCCCCUAUGGCAUCGCUCUGAAGAGCCACUAUGGCACCUUUAUUUUUUAAGAGUGUAGAGCUGCUCUGUGCACAUCCCACUGGAGACCAGGACACACUGGAGGGAUUAUAUCUUCCAUCUGGCUUGGCAAAUUCCCCAGAAAGAGCUGGAAUCUGUAGCUGGGGACAGAGAAGUCUGGGUUGACUUCCUCGGCCUGCUGCCACCACGAUCAUAGCCAGGAAAAGCAGAUAAGACAAUGAGUUAAAAGGGGAUGAGAUAUAAAAACACAGAACUAUAUAACCACACAACAAUGUCAUUCUUCAGCAUAUAGAUCUGUUUAGUUAAGAAUAAUAAAUAGAUUCAUAAACCUUCACUAAAAUUGAAUACAAGUAAUGUGAACAAAAGAAUUAGCCAAUGGAGACCCAGUCAAGUAAAGGAUAAUCAAAACUCAAAUAUUAUAUUACAGUCCGAUUAGGUAUGAUGUCUUCAAGAUUUUGUUGCAAAAGAGCAUCUAAACAGCAAAUAAUUGCUGAGCUUUACUCUGAGCAGCUCCUAUACGUCCAAAGACUUAGCAUUAAGUCAAUUACUCUGCCCUGUGGAUUAAGGUCUUAUUCUGCAUUUCUGUACAUGCUGUGAUAAACUGGCAUACAAUCCAGUCCAAUUUGUUUCUCCUUUUUUUCUCUGUAAUCUAUUUUUUUUAUGUGUUUGUUUAAUCUUGUUUACUGCUUUUAUUUUAAUUAUUAUUUUCAUUAUUGACAAUGUUUUUUUAUUCAUUAAAACCCUUUGAGCUACAGUUAAUCUGUAUGAAUGGUGCUAUGUAAAAUAAUAAAUACAUACACUGAAUGCCAUGAAA